AUGAGCAGCGGCGAUGGCGUGAGCCCAGAUGGGCCUCUUGCUCGGAAGGGGAAAGGCCUCCUCGCCCUAGUCCGUUCCAACCUGGCCUUCCGGUCAAGAUGGGCGGAGGUCAACGGCGCCAUGGGAGACCUCGGAACCUACGUGCCGAUCAUCAUGGCCCUCUCCCUCGCCAAGGGACUCGACCUUGGCACCACCCUCAUCUUCACGGGCGUCUACAAUGUCCUCACCGGCGCUCUCUACGGCGUGCCGAUGCCGGUGCAGCCCAUGAAGUCCAUCGCCGCCGUCGCCAUCUCCAGUGGGCCGGACGAGUUCGGCGUGCCGGAGAUCAUGGCCGCCGGCAUCUGCACCUCCGCGGUGGUCUUCCUCCUCGGCGUCACUGGGCUGAUGGGGAUCGUGUACAAUUACAUCCCGCUGCCGGUCGUCAGGGGAGUCCAGCUCGCGCAGGGCCUCUCCUUCUCGCUGACCGCCGUGAGGUACGUCAGGAACGAACAGAACCUCGCCAAGGGUAAGUCCCUGGAUCAGAGGCCAUGGCUGGGCUCGGACGGGCUGGUCCUCGCCAUGAUCUGUGUUUGCUUCAUCCUGAUCGUUAACGGCGCCGGCGAGAACGGGGGGAGCGGCGAGGACGAAGAUCUGGGUAGGCCCGAGGGCAGGAGCGGCAGGAGCAGGGUGUGGAAGAUCUUAACCUCGCUGCCCUCCGCCGUGAUCGUCUUCCUCCUUGGCGUGGUGCUGGCGGUGAUAAGGGAGCCGAGCGCGGUGAGAGGGUUCACGCUGGGGCCGUCGACCGUGCACGUCGUGCGCAUUUCCCGCCACGCGUGGAAGGAGGGAUUCCUGAGGGGCGCGGUGCCGCAGAUACCCCUGUCGGUGCUGAAUUCGGUGGUGGCGGUGUGCCGGCUAUCGCACGACCUCUUCCCGGAGAAGACCCAGGAGGUGUCGGCGACAUCGGUGUCGGUGACGGUCGGGCUGAUGAACCUGGUGGGCUGUUGGUUCGGGGCGAUGCCGAGCUGCCACGGGGCGGGGGGUCUCGCGGGGCAGUACAAGUUCGGGGGGAGGGGCGGGGGGUGCGUGGCGGCUCUCGGUAUGGGCAAGCUGCUGGUUGGCGUCCUGCUGGGGGGAUCCCUGCUGAGGCUACUAGCGGCGUUCCCGGUGGGGCUGCUGGGGGUGCUGCUUCUCUUCGCCGGGCUCGAGCUGGCGGCGUGCUGCCGGGACAUGACCGGCAAGGAGGAGUCGCUGGUGGUGCUGACCUGCGCGGCGGUGUCGCUGGUGGGCUCGAGCGCCGCGCUGGGCUUCGCCUGCGGGCUCGCCGCGCACCUCCUCCUUUCCAUCCGGAAGGCAAUAGGCAAGCGCCUCUGA